UCGGCUCUACCUAAUUUCUUGCCGUAUAUAUUGUGUGGUCUAUCUCUGAUUCUCUUCACACACGCCAGUUUUGGAGCCACCCGGAGCAGGCAAAUGAGUUACCAGAAAGUUCCCCAAGAACCCUAUCCCCCACCAGGGUACUCAGUCCCUUAUCCUCCGCCAUCAGGAUACCCCUCAGCACCGCCGCCGCCACCACCAGGGUGCCCUCCACCACCGGGAUAUCCAGGAUACCCUCCUCCACCACCACCACCAGGGCCACCGUAUCAAGGGUACCAGGGGUAUUUCAAUGAAGGGUACCCUCCACCACCCCCACCACCACAGCAAUACCAGCAAUACCAGCAAUACCAGUACCAAGAUCAAUCUGGUCCUUCCUCCUUUCUACCAGGAUGGUAUGUGUUCUCUAUCUCUAUCUCGGGUUUCUGUAAUGUUUGUUUCAUUUGGGGAUCAUGUGUGGCUAUGGAUCAUUUUUGCGGGCGAUAUAGUCCCGUCUCAAUGAGGUCUAAUUUGAAUUAGACACAGAUCAUGAAUCGUUUCUCUCUCUUUUUACUUUUUUCUAGAAAUCAAAGUUUCAAGUUUUCUUUGCUCGUACUCGGAGAUUGUUAGUAUAUGGCAUGAGUUGGAUGCCAGUGAACUAUCUUAGUACUAUCAAAGUUCUUAGAUAAGGACUUGUGCAGUUUCGUGGUACUGAACUCCAUUGUCCAUUGGGAUGUUUGUUUGUUUAUCUAUUACCAUCAAUCACUAAAGUCCAAGAUAAUAAUCUAGGGAUUUGUUUGAGUUUAAAAUCCUAUAUGCCAUUGUUUAUGGGAGGCUUCCUUUGGCUUGAUGAUUAUUUUGUUUGACUUUCAUAAUCAUGAACAGUUUCUCUUAUAAUUUUGUGAUAUUCAUACCUGUCCAUUUGAUUCAACUCCAUUUCUCCUCACUUUCUUUGUUCCAAUUAUGCAAGCAAAUUGUAAAGUCUUUGAAGUAUGUAGAUGAUGAUUUUAAGAUUGCUUGCUGGGAAGUGCCUUAAGGUGAGUGUUUUGAAACUGAGCUAUUAUAACUACGAAGAAACAAUUCCAUAAUUAGGAGAGUAUUCAAAACCUAGCAAUUAUAAGUAGGAAGAAACAAUUCCGUAAUUAGGACUUAGGAGAGUAUUCAAGAAGGGCUCAUAUACAUUAUGACACUGAGAUCUUUCCCCCACUAGAAAAGAAGCAUUGAACUAAAGAAACUUUUUGUGAUUGAACCAUAUAUCUAAAAGGAGUUAAAUCAUUGAUGUGAGAAGUGCUUACCUGAAGUCUCCCUGCAUAGGUAGCUCUUGUACUUUUUUGCUGAAUUUCAAAAUCGCAUAACAGGAAGUCUCUUUCAGAGCUUUCCCCCCACUCCUGCUGAAGUAAAUUAUGCUAAGGCUUUUGUUGUUAAGGUUUUCUUUCUUGAAAGAUUUCAUUUUUUAUUUUUGGGUUUCAUAUGCCUUUUUUUUGGUUCUUAUUCUUGGGUUUUCUAUGACUUCAUAUAUAGCAAUUGUGUGAAGGAUUUGUUCCUCUUAUUUUCAUACUUAACCAUAACGUUUCCUAUUUGUCAUAGAUGGACUUGUGUGUGCAUGCUUCCUUGUAUUGACAUAAUGAAUAUCAGAUAUUUAUUCUACUGUAACCCAAAAGAAGCAAGAAUCAAAACAGGUCAUGGACGCUUUGUGUAACUAUGCCUUUCGGCAUUGUGGAUUGUGGAAUCUUCCCAGUAGUGAUAUUAGGUUUGUGAUAGGGCUCGCAUAAUUUCCUUGGACAUUAGAUCUUUGUUGGAUUUUGGUUUUUUCAACUGAAUGUUGGGUUGUAUGACAAACAUAUCUUGAAAGACUCGAACCCAUAAUGUCAUUCAUAUAGCUGUGCCUCUAAUAUCUUCAGAUUUGUUGGUCGGCUUGUUCCUUCUGAGAUCCCUCUUUAAAAGUUUCUGUUGAUACAACGGGUUCCAUCACAAAUAAUUUUAAUUUUGCUUGUUGUCCUUAAAAGUAUGUAUUAAUAUUUUAGAAAUAAGUUCUCUCUAUUUUACAACCUAUAUCUUUUCUAUGUUGAUGCUGCAAGGAAUGAGUAUUUUCUUUUGCAUGUGCAGUUUGGCUGCCCUUUGUUGCUGCUGCUUGUUGGAGGAAUGCUGCUUCUUAUGAAAAAGCAGCUUCAAUGGGUUGUCUUGCACGAAAUAUGGGGGUUAACUUUUAAAAAUUGCAAAAUCCAAAAAUAAAGCUCGAGGGUUUGCUAGUUCGUGCUGUGUAUGCCUUUUGUCUGGUUGUAAAGGGGUUCUAUGACAUGGUAUGGAUUAUAUCUACUGUGCACUUUGGUGGUUUGAAAUUAGCAGUACUUCAAUGUCCUUAAUGUGGUUUCAGUUUCUCA